AAAGUGAUGAUAAUGUCAUGAAUUACGAAGAAUAUAUAUUAUGGCUAAAAAAUAAUUGUAAACCAUGGCAGAUAGUGACUGAAUACUGGUCUUUGACUUCAAAGAAACGAUUAAAACAUCUUCAAACUAAUAAUAAUCAGUCUUGCCACGAAUACAUAAUUCAGUUUCCAGCCCUUUCUGAUCCUUUAGGCUACGUUCUGCUAGAGAAAGAUUUUGAAACAUUAUAUCCAGGUCGUAAUUUAAAAUUGUAUAGUGCUUGGCAAAAAAUAUCAAGUUUUGUGACCAAUAAGGUGACAUCUAAACUGAAGAAUCAUUUUGAUAAUGUCUUUACACCAGAUGGUGUGAAAAUUGUCACUUUAUUACUGAUUUGUUCCCUGUGAACACGAUAAGAAACGGCAAAC